GCUUGGUGCGAGUGCAUGUGUAUAGACGCGUUCGAUGUGACGCGUUCACUUGCGUUCACCAAACAAGCUUCGCGUCCUGUGAAAUGAGCCGGUGAGCCGGUCACCGCACAGUGACGCGUCUCUCGAACACGAAGUUACCGGAUCAGCCAUCUGAAGGAUCAUUCGGUCACGCUGACAAAAGUGUCGGCCGCAUGAAUCAGUCAGCACCGCUGCACGGCCGCUGCAGCCUCCGCACUCCAUAACCUUUCGUCGUCCCGAGGAAUCUGAAGGAGUAGAUAGUAAAAUCCACUUCUCGCGAGGAAGAUCGUAAAGACGUUAACGAGAGAAGAAAAAUGUCCACGGCUUUGCUGGCCGUGUUCGCUGUGAUCCUAUGCAUCCUCUUCAGGAUACUGAACGUGAACAGCUCGCCGCACAGACCCUUCCUCGUCUGCAAGGAUCAGUACUUCUUAUCGACGGUGCUGAAGAUCGCGCCGGUCAUCGCCGAGCCAUACAAGCCGACGAGGUUGUGGGGCUUCAGUGGGCACGUACAGACCAUCGUCCACAGCGUCAUAGGGCGCGUUCGGUGCCCUUGGCCCAUUGGCGAACGCGUGUACAUCAGUCUUCCGGAUGAGACCACGCUUACGUACGAUCUUUAUCAGCCGCUGACACAUGGGCACGAAGAUGACAUAACGAUAGCCAUCUGUCCCGGCAUCGGGAACAGCUCGGAGAGCGUUUACAUCAGGACGUUCGUGCACUUCGUGCAAUGCCACGGUUAUCGGUGUGCGGUACUUAAUCACGUCGGAGCCCUAUCCAGUGUCAAGAUCACAGCGCCAAGAAUAUUCUCUUACGGCCACACGGAAGAUUACGGUAUGAUGCUGCAAAGUUUAGUAGAGAAGCAUCCAAACACCAAAAUAGUUUGUAUUGGAUACAGUUUAGGCGGUAAUUUAGUGACGAAAUAUCUAGGAGAACGCGGCCCUAACAAAUUGUCCAAUAUUAUAGGAGGUAUAUCAAUUUGUCAAGGAUACAACGCUCUCGAGGGAACGAAGAUUCUGCUAAAUUGGCAAAACUUCAGACGUUUCUAUCUCUACGUAAUGACAGAGUCCAUGAAGAAUCUUAUACUUAGACACAAAAACGUGCUUUUGUCGGAAGAUGUAAAACAAAGGUGUAACUUAAACGAGCGCGAUAUCAUCUCCGCUGCGACGUUACCCGAACUGGAUGAAGCAUACACGAGACGGGUACAUAACUUCAGAUCUGUGCAAGAGUUGUACAAGUGGAGUAGUUGCGUCUUUUAUUUGGACAAUAUUACAACGCCGAUGGUUUUUAUUAACGCGUUAGACGACCCGGUUGUACCAGAAGUAUUAUUAAAUCCAAUUAAAGAACACGCAGCAAAUCAUUUAAACACGUUAUACGUGGAAUUAGUGCACGGAGGUCAUCUAGGUUUUUACGAAGGAGGUCUUCUGUACCCCAAUCCUAUAACAUGGCUGGAUCGAACGCUAGUGUCUCUUGUAGGAUCAUUGACUCUAGCACACGCCGACAAGGCUCUGAAAGCCUCUUAACCUAAUUUAACUCGAUUAACGUAUUCGGAUUAUCGAGCGUUGAUCGCCCGAACGUGUCACACAUCGUGAUCUUCUGAGAUCAAUCAGCACUACACUUGACCCCGUUGGUUGCUCUUUUGGGCAACUGGAAUUAUCUACAACGAGAUGCAUCAAGGAUGCAGAAGAAACGGCACAUUGUAGUCUAUAUUACAAGCAUUUGGUACAGACUUGUCAUUUCAUGAUACGUGUAGAGAAAAAAAGGAGAGAGAGAGAAAGAGGAAUUGCAUUUACUUUCACAAACGAUACAGGGGAAAACAAGUGAUAAACACGACUGUACAAUAAGAGAUGUUUGCUCACUGACGAUAGGCAAUUUCGAAAUUACAGGUGGUUUUGGAACGCCAGCCAAAUUGUUGCUCGCAACUCUUUAUACAUGAGGUUACCGUUGGUGGUGUUUUUAUUGUCGUACAAUUUAGCGCAACAAAAUUAGACAGCCUAAUUUUCCGAAGAAAACAGAGAAAUGAAGUGGAUUUUUAAUAUUUUACUAAAUAUUGACGCUUCUUCCUCAGGGAUCUUCUAUAGAACGGCGGUUUGAUAACCAGGGCCUUCGAUGGUCGUUAACAGGUUGCUAGUGGUGCUCACUGUACAAGCAAUUAUUACUACGCCACACACACACACACACUUACACACAAACAAACACACACACACACACACAAAAUAAGUGUGAGUCCAACGCAAUACGGAAAAUCUUAUGUAUUCCUCACUGAGAAUCUGUAUUUAUGUACAGUACGUGUAUUCAUAUAGGCUAUAUAUCGACUUACUGUAUUUAUAAACGCGUCUCAAUUACAUUUUAGGAUUAUUAGCUUUAUCGAUAUGGGAAAUUCGCCGCUGUACAAAAAUCAUAUAUACAUUAAUUAACCUGAGAUUGACAAGGUGAAAAAUAUCUGGUCAGUUGUAACGUUGGAUUUGCGAAGAAAUCUAUUCGAAUUAAAUUGUUCAAUUGUUCUGCAAACCUAUAAUUUUACAAGUGUACUCGAAUGUAUACUACAAAUUUUGUAAAUGAUGCUUUUCUAACUAGAUUUAUAAUGAAUUGCACAAGACACACUGAGUUUCGCAAAUCCAACUUUAUUACCGAUUAUUAUAUUAUAUACAUAUUGCGUGUAGAGGAGAGAGAGAGAGAGAGAGAGA